AUGGGGCCGGUGGUUAUUUCUCUGAUGGUUGUCUUGGUGGGGACAAUGGCCAUCAGGCCGCACACCCCACGGCUUGAUCGCCUCGUGGUCAGAAUGUAUCAACUUGUAGAUAUUGUUGACCAGCUGAAGAUUUACGUGAGUGACUUGGACUCUGAAUUUCUGCCAUCUCCACAAGAUGUAAAGAGACACUGUGAGCAGUCAGCCUUUUCAUGUUUCCAGACCCAACUAAAGGCAGCAGAUACAGGAGAAAAUGGAAAGAAAAUCAAAGGAUUCAUCAAGCAGCUGAAGAGGAAACUACCUCCCACAAAAGCAGGGCAAAGAGAGGAACACAAACGAACAUGUCCUUCAUGUGAUUCUUACGAGAAGAAGCCCCUCAAGGAAUUCCUCGAAAGGCUGAAGUCUCUCCUCCAAAAGAUGAUUCACCAGCGUCUGUCCUACAAACAUGGGGCGUGAGACACCGAGGUCGGACACUAA